AUGUCCAUUGCAAUUAAGAUCCCAAAGACAUUGAAAAAGGGCAAGCUUACUGUUAUAAAGUACAAGGAUGGGAGACUUCUUCUUAAAUCCGAAAACGCAGCGUACCAGGUGGUUGAAUUCCCCUUGGAGUUUCCAAAGUAUGUAAUAAACAAAGAAGGCAAAACUCUUUCAAAAAUAAGACAUAGAGGCAUAAUAAAAAGGUCAAUAAAGUAG